AUGUCCCUCCGGUGGCUGCUGUCGCGCACACUUGCGAUCCUCCUCCCAGUCACAGUCACCGCCACUGUUUACCUCUAUUUCUACCCCGUCUUCAAUGGCUGCGCCUUUCCCCUACCAAACACGCACACCUCCAGAUCGGAUAAUAAGUCAUCGACAAACCGAUUCUACCAAAAUGCCGUCCUGAAUAACUUCCUCCAACACCUCGGCAUCUCACCGUCAACUCCAGACCCAACCACCGAACCCGCAAUCUUCAGACUCCUAGUCCUUGCAGACCCCCAAUUAGAAGGCGACACCUCCCUCCCAUUCCCGGAAUACGAACUAUACCCCCGCAUUCAAUUCCACUGGUGCGCCAUCCAAGAAUCAAUCGGCAAUGCCACAGCCUCGACCAACCCCAAAACCUCACUGCCAAAAGCCUUCUUACACGAAGCAGUCAUCUCAAACAUAACAACCGGGCUACGCGAGCUAGCAAAAGAAGACAUUCCCCGCGCUUUCAAAUCGGUUUUAAAACGCCUCGACCUCUUCGGCAACGACUUCUACCUAGCACACAUCUACCGCACAUUAUUCUGGUGGACGCGCCCAACACACACAACCGUCCUGGGAGAUCUAGUAGGCAGUCAAUGGAUUUCCAAUGAGGAGUUCGCGCGGCGCGGACACAGGUACUGGGAUCGUGUUUUCCGCGGCGGGGAGCGCGUGGAUGAUAAUCUCACGAGGACCGGUGCUAUUGGCGCAAGUAAACAAGAUAAAGCUACGCCGCCGGUUGAAUUGCUCGGUGCGCAAGGAGACCCAGCUUGGGCGAGGAGGAUUAUUAAUAUUGCUGGGAAUCAUGAUAUCGGGUAUGCGGGUGAUAUCGAUGAGAAGCGCAUGGAACGCUUUGAGAGAGUGUUUGGUCGUGCGAAUUGGGAUUUGAAAUUCGAACAUCCUCCUGUGAAUGUCUCGGGCACCUCCUCAUCCUCUGCUCCAGAUGCGGUUGUUACGCCUACUCUGCAUCUGAUCAACCUCAAUUCUCUCAUGUUCGAUACACCUGCGCUGUCGUCGGUUGUUCAAGACCAGACAUAUUCCUAUUUAAACGAGCUGAUUGCGCACAGGCUCGCGCCAGUCGAGGACCAGUCGGCUUUUACACUCCUUUUGACGCAUUUGCCUCUCCACAAACAAGAUGGUAUCUGCACCGACGGUCCAUACUUCUCGUUCCAUGAAUCCGAGGAUGACGACGGACCCGAUGGAAUCCCGCGUUGGCGAGAAAGUGGACUCAAAGAACAGAACCAUAUCAGUGAUACGCUUAGUGCUGGCGGUGUCCUGCAGGGUAUAUUUGGAAUGAGUGGUGAUCAGCGUGCACCUAUCGGUGGACAAGGUCGAAAUGGACUUAUCCUCACGGGGCAUGACCACCCUGGUUGUGAUGCCGUUCAUUAUGUCAACCGCACUUCGAAGGCAGGGGCAGAUGGUCAAGAGAAGACAGAAAGUGAUCAGAGCGCUCAGUCUUGGAGCUGGGCGGCUAAGCGCUUUGAGGGGGGUUCGCAUAUUGAUGAUCCUUCAAUUCGCGAGGUGACUCUUCGCUCGAUGAUGGGUGAAUUUGGUGGUAAUGCUGGUCUUCUUUCGGCGUGGUAUGAUCAGGCUCUUGGUCGAUGGAACUACGAGAUCGCUAUGUGCCCUGCUGGGGUGCAGCAUGUCUGGUGGGCUAUCCAUAUUCUUGGGCUUGUAACACUUGGUGUGGCGCUUGCUUGGUUCUUGCUUGGACUCAUUGCGUCUGGGGAUGUCGAAGUGACUGCUGCUACUCGUGUGCAGUCUGAUGAGAAGGAUGAGAAGCUGUCUCUGCGAAAGUCUUCGAAUGUUCAGUUGGACGAUUCGAAGAUCGAUGAACAGACGAGGUAG